AACAAAUGUUGGUAAGAGAAAAGUGUAUAAUCUGACCCAGGUGCUAAGUGCAUGCCUCACUCGUAAUGGAGGGAAUCCACGUAUUGAGAAACAAUGUCAAUGGGCCGCCCGCUACAAGAGUUGCUUGUACUAGGCCUCGUUUUUGCAGCAUCUUUGGCUGCGCCUGUGAGCCAGCACUGCACGAGUAACGCCGACUGCUCGGACCCAAACUCCUCCUGCCGACCCCACCGAUGUGACUGGAAGAUAUGCCAGUGUAAUGUACACUAUGUCAUCAACCGCCAAACAGACAUGUGUGAGAAAGCCAGUGUUAUUGGUGACCCGUGUAACAAAACGAAGGACUGUUUGCCCAGGCAUUCCAUCUGCUCUGCCAACCACACCUGUGAGUGCGAGGUCAAUUUUCUCUCCACUAUAGACUUGUUUUGGUGUAUAAGUACCGCCCAUGUUGCACUCGGUGACCUUUGCAACAAAUUCAAUAAUUGCGGCAUCGGAGCGGAGUGCAAGUCUGGAACGUGUAGCUGUAAGCCAUGGCACGGAGCGUGGACAGAGGAUGAAAAGUGGGCGGGGUUACCGCAGUCCAAGUACAUACAAUGCCAGAACAAGAACUAUACUCUGAACGAAUGUAAUGGAGUAACAUUUGUGCCUCCCAGUGGGUAAAAUCACCAUUUUGUGUGCCAUUGUGU